AUGGCGACGGCGUUUGGAACAGCUGCCACAUCUUCAGCUGCGUCGUCCGUGGCGGCCAACAUUUCCCCUAAUUCCUCCCCCAAUUUGCCUCUCUGCCCCCGCCAUUCUCACUCCAAGGUCACCUUCCGCCUCUCUUCCAAGCCCAAGCUCCGUUUCUCCUCUACCAAGGGUUGGCAGUCCAGUUGGAAUCGCUCUGCUGUUGUGAGAGCCCAAUCAAAUGAGGUAAGCUAUCUUCAAUCGUUUUCACUCGAGGAACUUUUUUCAAAUUUUCAUUCCUUUGUGAACUCGCUUCUGGGGUCUUCUGUUUCCUUCAAGGUCGCUGUGGAUGGUGCCAAGGCCAAUGCUCCUGCCAAGUCAGCUGAAGUUAAGGAUCCGAAGCCUUCCAGUGAGCCUGCCCCUGUUGCUACAGAAGAAUCAAUCUCAGAAUUCAUGACUCAAGUUGCUAGCCUUGUGAAGUAUACCGAGUCCCAAACUUUUUCAUUGUUGCUGCACUUUACCUUGUAA